AUGGCACCUCGAAAAGCUAUGCAGUAUGAUGAUUACAGGCAAGCGGUGCAACAGAUCAUAUUAUCCUCCUCUGAUGCCGAUUAUCUCGAUCAAUUGAUACCUGCCCUCAAAGAUGCCACUCUAUCUAAUAGAACUCCCGGACUCAUACGAAGCCUGUCGCAAUAUGCGGACGAACGCGAGGCUGACAUCGAACGGAUUGGCUUGACUAAACACGAAGAAUUUCUGGCAUCCGUUAACCAGCUACAGCAAGUCCGAGAGGGAACCUCCCAGCUUACAUCUGAAAUUUUGAAGCUUAACCAAUCCAUACAGGCGAGCACGGAACAGCUAGCUGCACAAAAGGAGGCACUGGUGGACACGAGAUCUGUCCGUCAGAAUAUUGCGGAGGCUUCUGAGGCGUUGAAGGAAUCUUUGAAAGUACUACAUGCCGUCAACCAGGCGCAUGAUUUGAUACGGAAGAAUCAAUAUUAUGCAGCUCUUAAGGCGCUGGACGAUUUACAGAACGAGCAUUUGAUUCCGACAAUUCAGAACAAAUAUGCUACCCAACACAAUCUCGCAGAGAUAAUUCAAAAGUCGAUUCCCUCCUCGCAGAAAGCCAUCUCAGAAGCAGUAAUGAGUGAUUUGAAUACUUGGCUUUAUCGCAUUCGUGAGACGUCUCAAUUCUUAGGGGAAGUGGCAUUUUAUCAUACAAAUAUUCGACGGAGCAGGCAGAAGGAGCGUAUGCAGGCAAAACCAUACCUUCGAAACUUCAAAUUAAAUUCAGCCAUCGAGCUGGUCUAUGAUGAGAGUGAGGAAUUUGACGUGUUGAACAAUGAGGAACUCCAGGUCGAUUUCGACCCCCUGUUUGAGUGUUUACAUAUCCAUGAGGCGCUAGGUCAGAUUGAUAAAUUCAAAAGCGAAUAUGCUGCAACAAGAAGACAGCAGAAAGACCUGUUACUUCCAAGCUCGGUGAACUUGACUGAUGAAGAUAGCGAACACUAUUUGAGUGCCUUGCUGGAAGGCAUUGCUGGCUUCGCUAUAAUAGAAAAGGCCACCAUGCGGAAAGCCCAUAAUUUACGUUCUCCAGUUGAUGUCGAUGAGCUUUGGGAUUCGAUGUGUCAUGCCGCCAUCACUGCUGUCUCCAAGGCCUUAGAUAAGUUCGAUGACCCUGAUGUUAUUUUGCAAACCAAGAAUGUCAUAGCUUUGUUCAUACAGACAAUGGAGGGCUGGGGCUAUUCUGUGGCUGUCUUAGAUGCCUAUGUGCUCAAGCUUUUCUACAGAUAUGCUGAUCUGCUCAAGCGGAAAUUCAGUACAGACUUUCAGCAGAUUGUGUCUACGGACGAAUACAUGCCUAUGCCCGUCAAUAGCGAAGAAGACUUUGACAAGAUUAUUCAAGUCAGUUGGUAUGUGCCAGACAGACCAAAAGAAGAAUACACGUUCCCUGGAGUAUUGCCAUUCUCUCAGAUGUAUCCGAUGUGUUGUAUUGACAUCAGAAACUUUUUGAAUCGAUUCUAUUUCAUAAUGGAUGACCAUUUUCAACAGCCAAGUAUUAUUGACGAGACACUAAAGAAGUCGAUAGACGAGCUUCUGUCCGAGGAUAUCUGCGACCCGCUUGUGGAAAAGCUGAGUACCCAAUACCUCGGCCAGAUUGUCCAAAUUCUCAUAAACCUUGAGUAUUUCGAAUCGGCAAGUCGAGAACUGGAACAACUCCUCUUGGCCGCCCGAUCAUCCACAUCAGCUGGCGGCCCAGUUGUUCUCGCUGCUACAGAGAAGUUUUCAAGCAGCAAGAAAGAUGCCGAAAAGCGUAUAUUUGAAGUCGUCAAUUCCAAGAUAGACGAUCUAGUCGAGACGGCAGAUUAUGAUUGGAUGGCACCUUCUCUAGUAUCUGAGCCCAGCAACUACAUGCAAACCCUAACAACCUAUCUUUCCAACAUCAUGAGCUCCACUCUCCUCACCUUACCCCGCGAAAUCAAAGAGCUCAUCUAUUUCGAUGCUCUUUCCCACGCCGCAAACAUGAUCCUCGCCAUCCCCCUCUCCCCCGAAGUUAAAAAAAUAAACCCCCACGGCGUCGCCGCCCUCGCAAAAGACGUAGCCUACCUCUCCGAAUUCGUCGAUUCUCUCGACAACGCCCUCAUCCUAAAAGAAAAUCUCGACGAAUUGCAGCAAACGGUCUACUUGAUGCAAACGGAGAAUCCAGAUGAGUUUUUCGAUAUCAGUACUAGGAAUAAGAAGUUUGGAAGAGUGGAUGCUAUGAAUGGGCCUAAGAUUUUGGAGAAGUAUACUUACCCAUACGAUUAUGAGUCCCGCGAAGCCGGAUCGACUUGCUGGGUUCUCGUCAAGGUUUGGUCUUGA